GUCCGAUCUCGCGAGAGAGGACGGAAGCCUGUGGGAGCCCGUGGCCUUUAAAGUGCGGUUCAGCCCUUUCCUCCAGGGGUAGUUUGUAAACACCGCUGAGCUCGGGCCUCGGUGGCGACCGAAGGAAGCAUGAACUAGUGACCUGGAAAGUGCUGUUCCGAGGACCCAGGAUUGCUCUAAGAUCACUUUUUUGCCUUUUGUGGCUCUUGACCAAGAUUUAAGAAGGAAAUUACAGCACAGAGAAAACUGUGUAAGGUGUUGCUGCUCUUGAAGACUUGUGACACAAGCCUGUCUUCCUGGAUUGGCCUUGCAUAUUUAGAGACAUUCUCACGAACACUCGUCUUGCUCCUUGUCCACUGGCAGGACUUUCUGCUUUCGAAAGCUCCCUUCAGUGGACUACUAAGGCAUCUCUACAAGGGAUACAUAGAUGGAAACUUGAGAAGUACUGCUUACUUAAUUAGAGCUGAAGGAUUCCUGGCAGCAGAGCAAAUAAAGCUCAUGGCCCACCAGCUAGAAAGUAUCCUUGCCAUGAAAAAGAGGACGUGAUAAGUUGUUCAACUUAUGAAAUUCAAGUUACAUGUGAAUUCUGCCAGGCAAUACAAGGACCUGUGGAAUAUGAGUGAUGACAAACCCUUUCUAUGCACUGCCCCUGGAUGUGGCCAGCGUUUUACCAACGAGGAUCAUUUGGCUGUCCAUAAACAUAAACAUGAGAUGACACUGAAAUUUGGUCCAGCACGUAAUGACAGUGUCAUUGUGGCUGAUCAGACCCCAACACCAACAAGAUUCUUGAAAAACUGUGAAGAAGUGGGUUUGUUUAAUGAAUUGGCAAGUCCAUUUGAGAAUGAAUUCAAGAAAGCCUCAGAAGACGACAUUAAAAAAAUGCCUCUAGAUUUAUCCCCUCUUGCAACACCCAUUAUAAGAAGCAAAAUUGAGGAGCCCUCUGUUGUAGAAACAACUCACCAAGAUAGUCCUUUACCUCACCCAGAAUCUACUACCAGUGAUGAAAAGGAGGUACCAUUGGCACAAACUGCACAGCCCACAUCAGCUAUCGUUCGUCCAGCAUCAUUACAGGUUCCCAACGUGCUGCUUACAAGUUCUGACUCCAGUGUAAUUAUUCAGCAAGCAGUACCUUCACCAACCUCAAGUACUGUGAUCACCCAGGCACCAUCCUCCAACAGGCCAAUCGUUCCUGUACCGGGCCCAUUUCCUCUUCUGUUGCAUCUUCCUAAUGGACAAACCAUGCCUGUUGCUAUUCCCGCAUCAAUUACAAGUUCUAAUGUGCAUGUUCCAGCUGCAGUCCCGCUUGUUCGGCCAGUCACCAUGGUGCCUAGUGUUCCAGGAAUUCCAGGUCCUUCCUCCCCUCAACCAGUACAGUCAGAAGCAAAAAUGAGAUUAAAAGCUGCUUUGACCCAGCAACAUCCUCCAGUUACCAAUGGUGAUACUGUCAAAGGUCAUGGUAGUGGAUUGGUUAGAACUCAGUCAGAGGAAUCUCGACCACAGUCCCUACAACAGCCAGCCACAUCCACUACAGAAACUCCGGCUUCUCCAGCUCACACAACUCCACAGACUCAAAAUACAAGCGGUCGUCGAAGAAGAGCAGCUAAUGAAGAUCCUGAUGAAAAAAGGAGGAAAUUUCUAGAGCGAAAUAGAGCAGCAGCAUCAAGAUGCCGACAAAAAAGGAAAGUCUGGGUUCAGUCUUUAGAGAAGAAAGCAGAAGACUUGAGUUCAUUAAAUGGUCAACUGCAGAGUGAAGUCACCCUGCUGAGAAAUGAAGUGGCACAGCUGAAACAGCUUCUUCUGGCUCAUAAAGAUUGCCCUGUAACCGCCAUGCAGAAGAAAUCUGGCUAUCAUACUGCUGAUAAAGACGAUAGUUCAGAAGACCUGUCAGUGCCAAGCAGCCCGCACCCUGAAGCUAUACAGCAUAGUUCUGUCAGCACAUCCAAUGGAGUCAGUUCAACCUCCAAGGCCGAAGCUGUGGCCACCUCAGUCCUCACACAGAUGGCGGACCAGAGUACAGAGCCCGCGCUGUCGCAGAUUGUUAUGGCUCCUGCCUCCCAGUCACAGCCCUCAGGAAGUUGAUUAAAAACCUGCGGUGCGGCAGUUUUAGAUACUCAUUAGUGACUUCAAAGGGAAAUCAAGGAAAGACCGGUUUCCGUUGAUGCGAAAUCUGUGGUUGUAAAUUUUUUUUUUUACUUGAAAUUAAAUUUGGCUCUAAAGUUGGUGUAGCGACAGUUGAUGAUCAGCCUGAACAACAGUUUUUAGUCUCUGGAAAAAGACUGAUUUUGCUUUUUUUAUAAAUAUUGUUAGAUUUAUUAAUUUUCUGUGCUCAAUGUGUAAAUUGUAUUAUAAUUCAUUGUGGUUUAUUUCACUUUUAAUUUGGUGGUGUUUUAAUAAAUGGGGGUGUUACUGAGUCUCUUCCCACUUCCAUUUCUUUUGACCACCUCUUACCCUCAACUGUGAUGGUAGUAUUGUCAUAUCAUUUAUACCAAAGUUCUGCAUCGUCCCUGUUGACUUUGUAAUGUUAACAAGGUCAUAAAGCACUAGCAAGAGAAAGAUAGAAAUUUGCUUUUAAUCUUUUUGCCUUUUAUUUUGCACAUUAUGCAAAAGGAAGAACAUUAGAGAACACUUUUUAAGUGAGUGAAACGUGGUAAAAGACAUACAGUGCUUUUAUGCACCCUCAAACUAAAUCAAGGUCAUUUGUCGUGCGUUUUCUUUAAGAUUUUAAGUAGACAGGAAUUUUGGAAUCCUCCAACAUUUCAAAAGGACUAUUUUUCAAGUCUUAAAUUCAGUAUUUUAAAUCCUAUGUUUUGAGGCUAAUAAAACAUGAAAUUAUAUCAUCUAUGAUACAGGGUUAUCAGAUAGCUAAUAAUUUUUUGAAAUUAGGUUUUGGGUUUUUUUGCAGAUUUCAGGUUACAAACUGAGAAGUUUAUGCAUAAUCAAGUAUGGUGUGGUUGCCAGAAAAAGCCUAAAAAUUACUUAGAAAAUUUAAGGCUGUUUGCCCCCAUUGUCUUGUACUUGCAAGCUAACUUGUACUUAUUCUUGUGAAAGCACUGUCAUCUUUUAGUAGCAAAUUUUGAUAAUGUUUCUCGUGGGAAAAAAAAUCAGUAUCUAUCUUUAGAACAUUGUAAUUAUAAUGUGGGAAGCAAGAGUGGGUGUGUGUGUUUGAGAGAGAGAGAGAGAGAGUGUGUGUGUGUGUAUGUGUGUUAUGUGUGUAUGUUUCUUUCAAUAGUUUAUGCCAGCAGUCUUUGCUUGAAUGUUUAACGAUGCCUUCGGUGUGAUGCUGGCCGAUAGAUGAUUGCAAUUUAAAAUGUCAUUACUGUGCAGGCUUGGAUAACUAACAUUCCAUGAUGUAGUUCGUUUCUGAGGAGAUGAUUGUAGGUACACUUUUCUCAUUAUCCAAUCAUCCGUGGGAUACUGAGUUUUCUAAUGUGCCAUUAUCUAUUUUUAUUCUCCAGUUAUGUUCAAGAUACAGUACAAUAUUUUAAAAUAGACUAAAUUGUGAAAAAUAAAGUAGUAGACGUGUGUAAGAAAACUUUGUAAAAUAGUUACGAGUCCUACCCAGUAGCAACUUCUGGCAUUCAAGCAGGAUUCCAUUAUGUAAAUAUCUGUAACGCAUUUAUAAUAAGCUGUGUAGUCUGUUCUGCAUCUAUACUACACUAUUUACAAAUGUCUCGGUGCCAUCUCCUAACGAGACUGACCUUUUAAAAACCUAUGUUGAAUAUCCUUGGUAAUUCAAGGAACUAUCCCACCUGCCUAAGUUCCAAACUGGGAAACAUUCAAAUUAUACAAAUGACAUUUCAGGACUUUUAAGUAUGAAGAUAAUAGGAUUUUUAUUGUUUGGCUUAUCAAGAGUGAGCGUUUUUAGUUGAUAAUUCUACUUCUAAAUUUUUUUUUAUUUUUAACUGAUUUUGUAAUUUAAAGCAAUGAAUUUCUGAUCAUGAUUUUCUCAUAGUUAUGCUAAGGAGUUGAUCUCAAAGGCACAAAAAUAUGAAUUCUGCAAGAAGGCAAUUUUUUAUUGUAAGUUUGGAUGGGUUAGGAAAAGCCUCAACUUUUCACUCUCCUAAGUCCUUCAGUACAUUUUUCUUUCAUUUUAUUAUUUAUGCAAGUUAAAGUUUUUGGUAACAGGAAUUCUUGCAACUGUAAAAUAAAACUACAUAGAUGUAAGAAGUCAUGUAAACGGUUAAUGAACUUACCAAGGUUAGCAAAACUUUCAUUGUAAAUCAGUCUGUGCUCAGCAAAUGAAAAUCAUUCUUAGUUGUAUAAACACAAAUUCCAUUUUGACUUUCAGGAUGUCGCACUACUUCUGUACCUAGCAUUUUGAGUCCUUACAUUUGCAAUGUUACACAAACUGUACUACUUUCUUUUAUGUGCAGUUUGCAUGAGUAAACCAUCAGAGAAUAAAUUCUAUCUUUAAAUUAUGUUCAUAA